AUGGCAGAAGAUUCUCAGACGAUCACUGUGAACGUAAAAGGUCCAUCAGAGAUUAAACUUUCGAUUGAAAUCUCUUUGGAUUCAACCGUUCGUGGAUUAAAAGAAAAGAUUGCUGAAAAAAGAAAUGAUAUACCAGCAGAAUCACAAAGAUUGAUUUAUACGGGAAAAGUAUUGAAGGAUGAAGAAACUUUACAAUCUUAUAAAUUACAAAACAACCACACUGUUCAUAUGGUUAGAAGUGCUUCAAGAUCUGCUCCUUCAACCGGUAAUCCUGCUUCUUCUACCGCCGCCACAGGUACAACAUCAACAAACGCAAACGCACCGAGUGGCGCAACAGGUUCAGCAGCACAAGGUGUACCUUCUAGCUUUGGUGCAGGUCAAGCUUUCGGUAGUGAUCCAUUAGCAGCCCUGAACAGAGCUGAUCUUGCCGGUCCUCAUAUGGCAAACCUUGGUCGUGAUAUGUUUCAGGGUUUCGGAAUGAAUCCAAACGAUCCGAAUAUGUUUAUGACUGCAAUGCAAUCUGACGAAUUCAGAAAUCAAAUGCGUACAAUGCUUUCAAGACCCGAAGUUGUUGAUCAAAUUAUUGCAAGUAAUCCUCAAUUGAGCUCUUUGCCGGGCAUUCGUGAAAUGUUUCAAAAUGAACAAUUUAGAGAAUUUUUAUUGGAUCCUCAAAGUAUGGCAAGAGCAGCAGAAUUUUCACGAAUGAUGGGCGGUCAAGGUGGUGCUGGUGGAAUGGGAGGAUUAGGUGGAUUUGGUGGUGGUCUAGGAGGCUUUGGCGGUGGCGCAGGUGCUGGUGCAGGAGCAGGAAGACCAACAGCUGGUCAAGCACAAUGGCCACCUGCAGGCGCAUUUGGAACACCGAGCGGUGGCGGUGAUGCGGCUCAACGAAGCACAACAGAACAACAGGGAGCAACUACAGGCUCGCCGGCACAACAAGCACCUAAUCCAUUCGGAGGAGCAGGUGGUGGUGCUGGCGGUUUCCCAAUGUUUGAUCCUGCUUUGAUGCAACAGAUCUUGGGAGGAGGAGCUGGCGGUGGUGCUGGUGGUGCUGGUGCAGGAGGUAAUCCAUUUGCUGCUUUACUUGGUGGUGGAGGAGCUGGCGGUAAUCGCUCUUCAUCUGAUGCAAGACCACCAGAAGAACGAUUUUCCGAACAACUUUCACAAAUGCAAGCAAUGGGCUUGACAGACGGUAGUGCAAACUUACGUGCUCUGUUGAUCAGUGGAGGAAGCGUUGAAGGAGCAAUGAGCAUCUUGUUUGAUGAUCCUACAGCAGGUGCUGGCAAUGCUGGAGCUUGA